CGGAAGACGCGCAAACCAAGCGCAAACGCGAAGAAAUGGAGAGGCUUCGGCGCCAGGUGUUUGACUUUCCGAAGGGUGCCACUUGGAAUCUAGGCCCGUACCGAAACCAACAAGGGAAAGUGAUGACUCAAUGGGGAAUGCUGAUGGGACGAAAAUAUGUACAGCGCGAGGGCAAUGGCAUCAUGGAACACCACGCCCAGAAUUCAUUUGCCAAUCUCGAUGAGGCGAGGAUCAUUUUCACAUAUGCCUCUUACCUGGAGUAUCAGAGAGAGCUGAGAAUCGCCCAGUCAGUCUCUGCUAACCCCCAGCAUGUUGCCUUUAUCAAGGUGACAGAUUCUAUUAUCAUGGCACUGGUGAAAUUCACCUUGCCAGCUUCCGAGGAUGGAGCAGUUGACCGGUUCGUUCCUCGCGAUGGGACGGUCAUCAAGAUCGGGUUCCGACCUCCUAAUAAAUUCGGUUUGAAGAAGACUUUCUGCAGUGCAAUUGCCAUGCCAAACGUCUUCAAUCUCCCUUACGAAUCGAAUGCUCUCUUCUAUGUGCCUGGAGCAAGCUUUGGGUUCUAUCAAAAGUUCGCCGUCGAGGUCGGACAGCGUGUCAUCUUCCUUCCUGCAGCGAUCGCCAUCAGAGUUCCAGCCGCUGGGGCACAGCGGCAGGUCGAUGCAAUGAAUCGUCUUUGCUACCCCGCUCAGGAAAGAUGGCACAGAAUCCUGCUAAACCAACAUGCCGGUGCUCGACGCAUCAUCGAUCCCUUCUCUGGUCUGGAUUUUGAUUCCGAGGAAGUCGAGACAGCGAUCGACACUGUACUCAAUAUUCCUGGCAUAACCUGGACAGCUGGUCAGAGAAAGGUUAUCGAGUCGCUCCGCGAGUUCCCAGAACGCCUUCUACUUAUAGAGGGUUUUCCAGGGACGGGAAAGUCUUUGACCUUGAUGGGAAUCGCUGCCGUUUGCCGUCUGCUAGACAUUCAUGUCAUCUACACAACUCCCACGCACUUCGCAGGUGACGCGGCAUGUGAGACUGCUGAUAAGUUUAUGCAGCUAUCGCAUAUGUCUAUGGACGUCUUGCGUGUUUACAGACCAGUUUCGGAAGCUAGGGCUUUCCAGACUCACGGGAGGGAUACAAGAAAGGAAGUCACGGAUGACGAAGAGCACGAAAACUUCGAUCCAUCGGAAUUCACCCAAAUGGGCCCAAUGCCGCAAAGUGCUAUUGAAGACGAGAGUUUCAUCCCAAUGAAUGUGUCCUCUGACAGCCAGGUUUUGAUCUCUCAGCUCAUCAACAACAUGAAAGAAGAUCAUUUCGCUAAGUCAUACGGGGUUCCCUCUAAAUCUUUGGAGAGCCAUGUGAUCCGUCUUGCCAUGAAUGAAGAAAGAACACUUGUCGCCUCUUAUCCGUCUGAAGAGCAGAUUGCCAAGUCCAAAGGUGACCUGUAUGAUCUUAUUGAAGAUGGCUUGGACCCAGAAGGUGAAGAGGUUGACAUGCUGGCUGAGAUUCGGAAAUUCACCAGUAUGCUCCAAGAAAAGAAUUUCCGGCAGUUCUCUGAUGAAGAGAAACGAAAGGCACUUCUGGCGUUUAAGAAGGCCGCACAGUUGGUUGUCCAAGAAGCUACUUUUCUGAUUUCGACAAACAAUAACGCCGGCGAUUCAAUGAUCUCAACUCACUUCGGGAAAGACGCAAAGGCAAUCAUCCAGAUCAGGGAUGAGGACUUCAAAGAGACUGAGCCCAACAGUUGGGUGUUCGCUGCCAAAUCCGUCUUCUCGCACAAGGUUGUCGGUAUCAUCAGUUGCGGAGACGAAAAGCAGCUCCAGCCGACCGUGCUUUCUGCGUAUGAUCAACCAAAAUUGAAUGAGUUCUCUGCGCAGUUGAGACUACCUAUGCCCACUCGUCUCUCAAGGAUGGGACAUCCCACGCACAAACUGGACGAGCAGUUUCGGUAUCGGCCGGUAUUUGCGGAGUUUCCGAACAGAAGGACGUACAAUGGGCAACUUAAAAGUCACCCAUCUACAAAUGAGAUAACAGUCUUGCCGGGCUAUCUCAAAGCCAUGAAGGCACUGAUUCUAACUGGUCCGACACCCGCAGUUGGUUUUGUAGGGAAAGAUAACGAUCCCAAUGUCCCUUCUAUUGAUACACCUAGACAUUCCUCGAAUAUCGACUAUGGGAAUUUGGUGAUUAGCGUCAGAAACUCUACCUGCACCGUGGAGGAGGUUGGGAAGUCUCGGUAUAACGAUGCGCACCGUCUGCUCGUUGUCCAAAUUGUCAUGAUGAAUCAUCGACAUGGGGGCUACAAGAGUGGUGACAUUACAGUCAUCACGCCGUAUACCGCCCAGCUAGUGAGAAUUCGUCAGACGUUUUUCCGAAUGGUACAGUUGGGGAUACUCAGUCCAGAAAAUGUCCCGUUUGUGUCCACGACCGACUCCAUGCAGGGAAAGGAGUCGAAGCUCGUGAUCUAUGAUUGGGUUAUCUCGAGCGCGGACCGGAUGUCUGACCUCGGGUUCACGACGGAUGACCAUCGGGGAAACGUCGGUCUGACUCGGGUCAUUGAGGCGAUGGUCAACAUCCUCCCUGGAGAAAUCGGCAAUUCUAGAUUCCUAGUCCAGCCGCAGGAGCGCCAUAAUUACAUGGGAGAACUGGUGAAAUCCCGUGUUCCGUACCCAUGCGAGUUCAUAUCAUGGGCGAACCAGCAAGGGCUCCUUCUUGAAGUUGAAUGUCCAGACGAGCAAAGCCUGAUGAAGGAACCGGUGGGUGGAGUGAUCGGGAAGCUCACCCGCGCUGUGAGCACCAAGCCACUUGGUCGUAUUUCCCAGGCCAGCACUGGCGCAGCAACUACCCUUUGGAGUUCAGCUACUCAGGUCAUGACAUGGGUUUUUUCCCGGAAGAGAACCAACGCCGACAGCAACAAUAGCGAUGUCAUCAGCAACGUCCCAGAAAACAUCAACGCGCCUGAGGAACACACAGACCCCCUAGAGGGCCCCAAUAAUGAGUGGACAGCUCCUCCAGACACCGCGAGCGAGGUCUGGCACGAUAACCACACCGAAAUGCUGGAACCGUCCGUCGGCGAUGAGACUGCCGUUGCUGCCGACUCUUCACUCCCGCUAGAGGCCUUCUCGCAAGUGCAGUCCGAACCUCCGGUCGUAAGCCCCCCGGAAAUCACCGUUAUCGGGGUCGAAAAUUCUGCCGUGGCGGAUGAAGACAUAGCACCUUGUAUUGGCGAAUGGUCCUCAGGCUGGGCCGCAUCUGGUGCCGACUGGUGAGUGUGGAAUCUGCGGUGAUGUCAGACUCGUGACCAGAAAGCUGGAAGCUGUAUUGUCGCAGAAUGAAAGGGGGGACAAUCGAAUAGUAGAUAGUUGAACUUUCACUAGGAAGAGGGACAAUCGAAAGUAGAUAGUCAUAUCCUACAUUAAUACAUAUCCCGUUC